AUGAAUAUCUUUCGUCUAUUUGGGGAUUUUUCCCAUUUAUGUGCUAUUAUUAUUUUACUACUUAAAGUAUGGAAGACACGUUCAUGUGCUGGUCUAUCUGGCAAGAGUGUCAUUCUCUAUGCUAUAGUAUUUAUGUGUCGUUAUCUUGAUUUAUUUACUCAUUUUAUUAGUUUAUACAAUUCGAUUAUGAAGAUAGUUUAUCUUGGUUCUACAUUUUUUACGCUGUUUUUGAUUUAUCGUAAAUUCAAAGCGACAUUCGAUCGUAAUCAUGAUACAUUUCGUAUUGAAUUUUUAUUGUUACCCUCCGCUGCACUUGCUUUAUUAUGGAAUCAUGAAUUUUCCGUAUUAGAAGUUCUUUGGACAUUCUCAAUUUAUCUUGAAUCCGUUGCUAUACUCCCUCAAUUAUUUAUGGUUAGCAAAACGGGCGAAGCCGAAACCAUUACAAGUCAUUAUUUAUUUGCAUUGGGUAUUUAUCGAUUUUUCUAUAUUCUUAAUUGGGCUUAUCGUUACCAUACGGAACAUUUUAUUGAUUGGAUUUCAAUCUUAUCUGGUGUUGUUCAAACAGUUCUCUAUUGUGAUUUCUUCUAUCUUUAUAUAACAAGAGUUUUGAAAGGAAAAAAACUAUCAUUACCUGCAUAA